AUGUCCAGCAGCCCCAGCGCCAACGACAAGGCUCAAAGCCUUCACCGCGACGAGAUGGAGCACAUCCAACCGGCCAUGAGCGUCCCUAUCUCCCCGGAGCUGUUUGAGCAGCUGUACCUCCAGCCUCAGAACAAAGUCAAGGGCGAACUUCGAAAGACAUUUGGCAACCCGACGCCAAUUGCUCUGGCUGGAUUUCUGCUGUGCGCUACGCCGGCGUCGAUGUCUUUGCUAGGGUGGCAGGGUGCUGGGGGCUUUGCCGCUGCUGCGAAUGUUGGUGCCUACUUUGGUAUAGGCGGUCUUCUCUUAGUACUGGGAGGAAUUGGUGAAUGGAUCCUUGGAAACACCUUUCCGUCCACAGUCUUCUUCACAUUCGGCGGCUUUUGGCUUGCUUUCGGUACAACAAUUAUCCCUGGUUCUGGCGCCUACAGCACCUAUUCUACAACCGGUACUGCCGCGGAUGGUCUUACUGAACCUUCGUUCUACUCAACAUUCGCCUUCUUCCUUGUUGCAAUGGCGAUACUAUGCGCCAUCUAUGCCGUCGCAGGUAUUCGAACAAACAUUGCGUUGUUUGUCAUUCUCGUCCUGCUUGUUCCAUGCUUUGGCUCUCUUGCCGCUUCAUUCUUCGCCGUGGGCCAGGGUAAGGCGGCUCUCGCGCUGAACUGCCAACACGCUGGAGCAGGCCUGCUUCUCACCAUAUCGCUUAUUGGCUGGUAUAUGCUUACAUCGAUGCUUCUGUUGUCUGUUGACUUUCCAAUUAUGUUGCCGCUUGGUGAUCUUUCCACUGUCAUUCAUGGUCGCUCUGAAACAAAGAGAGGUACAACCAAACAGGUGUAG